CAGCAGACUGCCAAACGUCUGCUUUGGUAGAAGUGUUCGCACUUGUUGAUGAUCGUUUAAUCAAGUGCAUUCUCAUAUCCUCAUAUGUAAAAUCUAAAAACUGACAGUUUGUGCUCUUCUUUUUACCAUGACUGUAACAAUGACCAAGACUUUAUAUAAGAGAUGAAUUUAGAUCCUAAAUUUGAAAGGAGGCGGUGACUCCUGUCAUUGCGUAAAUCUCAUAUUUUAGUCACAAUAUAAAAUGGAAAACACAUCAAAUGUUUGAAUUGAGAAAAUUUGCUGUUAAAAUUUUGAUUGCAACAACAUGUCUCAGAGGAGUUGGGGAAGGAAAAGUAAGUGGUUCUAAAAGGAAAUAUUUUGCAGUUAAUUGGGUUAACUGGAAACAGGUCAGUAAGACUAUUGGGUAUAAAAAGGAAAUGGUAGAGAGGAAGAGUUUCUCAGAUCUAAAGAUGGGUAGAGGUUCAAUCUGCAAAGAGUUUCAGAACGUUCCUCAGUGAACGGUUGUGAAGACUUAGACUUAUUUCAUCAUCUAUAUUUCAUAAUAUCAUCAAAAGAGUCCGAGAAUCUGGAGGAAAUCUUGCUGUGUGCAGGAGACAAGGCAGAAAAUCGAUAUUGGAUGCCUGUGAUCUUUGAGCCCUCAAGCAGCACUGAAAUCAAAACAGGAAUGACAUUAAAAUCACUGCAUGGGCUCAGGAACACUUCCUGAAAGCGACUUCUGUGAACACAGUUCAUUUUAUAAUCCAGUAAUGCUGCUUAAAGCUCAAUCAUACAAAGAAGAAGCCACAUGUGAGCAUGAUCCAGAAACGUCUCCAUCUUUUCUGAACCGAUACUCACUUAAAAUGCACUGAGGCAAAAUGGAAAACCGUUCUCUGGUCAGAUUAAUCAAAAUUUGCUAAUUUUUGUAUUUUUUCAAAAACAUGGAUGUUGCAUCCUACAGGCUAAAGAGGAGAGAGACCAAAGAAGCUCUGCUGUAGUGUUCACGGGCACUUAUCUCCACUUUAAGACUGAAUUUAAAAUGUAAAGUUGCCUUUUUGCAGUUCUAUAUUGAAGUGUUUUUAGGCUGAGCUAAAGGUUUUAUUGUGUCUUUGCCAGAAAAUAAUGCGCACUACUUUCUGCUCUCUUGCUGCUCUCCAUGGUGCUGACCUGGUGGACUAUGAACUGGUUUGCAUGAGGCCUGUGCUAUUCUUAGUGACAGGGACACACACACACACACGGACAAACGCACACACACAUACAAUCAGACAGGCGGGGUCAUUCUGCAGACUGAGCCCGUGCAGAGUUGGGCUACAACAAACUAGAACGAGUCGAGAAACAUGCCGCUGAUGCCAUUUUCUCCAGACUACUUUCCUCUAUCAUUUCCUCCAACUUUCAGCGCCGUUUCUUUACUUGUUCUGCACAGCCAACAAGAUGACAUCAAGCUUCUGUGCCUUUAACAUGGAAACAUCUUUGUGAACAAAGUUUUAUAGUUUAGAGGAAAAUGGGGCGGCAGAAGAUGUGCUCGGAGUUUCCUUCCUGGAUCAACUCAAAGAUCAGACACAGAGGGAAAGUUUUGAACAACCUCUAAACUCUGCCAGACUCGGUCCUCAGAGGGAGGAGGAGACAUGAGGGUGUUUAACCGGGGUGUGCUGAUGCUUCUGACCACAGCAGGGGCUUUCUGUGCCUUCAGCCUCAUGACCAUCGCCGUGGGAACGGACUAUUGGCUGUACUCCCGAGGGGUGUGCCGCUCUAAGACCCUGAGCGACAACGAGACGGUCCGCAAGAACGAAGAGGUCCUGACCCACUCCGGUCUGUGGAGGACCUGCUGCACGGAGGGGACAUUUCGGGGUGUUUGCAAGGACAUCGAUCACUUUCCUGACGAUGCAGACUACGAGCAGGACGCUGCUGAAUACUUACUGCGAGCGGUACGAGCCUCCAGCCUCUUCCCCAUCCUCAGUGUGGGGUUAUUAUUUCUUGGGGGUGUCUGCGUAGCUGCCAGCGAGUUCUACAAGUCACGCUAUAAUGUCAUUCUCACUGCGGGUAUACUCUUUGUCUCUGCAGGUCUCAGUAACAUCAUUGGCAUCAUUGUGUACAUAUCAGCCAACUCAGGUGACCCCAGCCAGAGCGACAACAAGAAGAGCUACUCCUACGGCUGGUCCUUUUAUUUCGGAGCUCUGUCCUUUGUGCUGGCUGAGAUGGUGGGCGUCCUGGCAGUGCAUGUGUUCAUAGAAAAACACAGACAGUUGCGCACUAAGGGCCGGCCUUCGCUCAUGAAGCCGCCCAUCUCUCGAAGCUCAUCGUAUUACCGCAACCGUUACUAUCAGAACCGCAGCCGCCGGUACAGUUACAGGAGCAACCACAGCGCAGGGGACCCGCACUCCUUCCGAGCAUCACUCAGCCGUGACCGGGAGCCGUCCAUCUCCGCUGAAUCUAAAGUCACCACCAUGGCAGGUUUGCCGAAACCAGUGUCAGUGGGCUCAGAGUUCAUGCUCUACGCUUUAACCUCGCCUCUCAAAAACAGUAAGAUAGACAUGGCUGUGGAUCAUUUAACAGCUGCAGCUGCUCACAACAACACAGAGAUGCUGCCUGGAAACUGCGCUUCCAACAGGAGGACCACACCUGUCUAAGAAGAGAGUCCCUGUAAGGCUGAACGUUAGUCGGAGGAGAAUAAGCUUUCUCAUGUUCUUGCUUGCAAAAGAGAGACAUUGUAGACAAGUGCAGGGCUUAGCCUGCCAAAUAUUUUUUUAUGAACUCUUCAGUCAGUCAUAUGUCAAGAAAUAGUGGGAAAACUGCCAUUACAAUCUCCCAGAGUCAGUCCAACAGUCCAACACCAGGAUAUAACUUGGGGUGCAAUCAGAAAGUCCAGUUACUCCAACCAUUAAAACCAGAAACCAUGUCUGGUUUAAAUUUAGCCAAUCUCCCCUUCAAGUCUGCUCCUUCUGCAGCUCUGGAAUUAAAUGGGCGGUGCAUUAUGUGGUUCAGUGGUUUGCACAGAAAAAGGUCCUGGGUUUGAUUCCACUGGCUGGGGCCUUUCUCUGCGGAGUUUGCAUGUUGUCCCUGUGACUCUGAGUGCUCACGUUUCCUCCAACAGUCCAAAGAUGUGCAUGUUAAAUUCUGAUUUGUCAGUCUCUCUGUGUUACCCCCUGUGGCAGAUUAGCAACCUGUUCAUGGUCUCCUCAAACUCUUGCCCCAUGACAAGCUGAAUAGGCUCCACCAGUGCAAGGAACAGUUUGGAGUGAAAGUUCCCCACAUGAAGGCAGUGCAUCGGAUUAGAAUGAUAGUUAUUUCUUAAGAUAUUUGCUGGGGCUUGCACUAAUUCAGAAUGAAAUCCGGGAUGAGAACUUCAGUGCGAAGCUCUACUCUAAAACCUGAAGCGUCCAAUAGAGUAUCUGGUGGAAUCAACCUGAACUGGUUGCUUCCAGUCUUCAAUCUGCAACUAGCUGCAACUUUUUCAUCUUUCACAUAAUUAUAUAUAAGCUAAGGGUCAGCAUUUUGACAUGGUGGAGGAGAUCCAACAUGCACUGUUGAAAGAAAAGUUGAAGUGGUCAGAACAGGGCGUGCAGGGAAGGGUUUAAAAUAGGAGCUGUAGGCUUGCAGCACUGCCCAAAGACAUGCCCUGAUAGGGAAGAUGUGUCACAUUUAAAUCAGGUUAUGGUUCACAAGCUGGCACCGCAGAACUUAAUGAUUGCAUCUCCUGAUGAAACAAAGCAAGAAAAUAAAGCUGUUUGAGAUGUUGAAAUCAGAGGGACCUUGUCGUUUUUUACUGGAACAAUUUUAAAAAUGGUCCAUCGAUGAUUUAAAUAGUUGCAGAAUGUUGUGCAGUUAAUUCACUUAUCGUUUCAGUUCAAGCAACCAGCUGAUCUGUAUAUUUGACACUCGAA